AUGGAGGAAGAAGCCCGAAGUAAAUUACCAAACCCCUUGGCCACGAGAAGAUGCGUUGGUUGUCACGAUACGGACUGUGAUCUGCGACAAUUACAAUGCGCGUGCUUCUGGUGUCGGGACUGCUUUGGGAGAUAUCUCCAAGUCAAACUGGCCGAGAGGUAUCUCUGGCCACCCAAGUGUUGUCACUUUACCCUCAGAGAUCAAGAUGUCGAAUGGAUACAGUCGAGCGCGAUCUUGGAAGAAUAUCGAAAAAUAGACCGCGAGAAACGUGAACCACCACUCCUAUAUUGCUCACAGAAACAAUGUAGGGCCAUUCUCAAUACCCAAAAUACGAUAAGGGGAAGCAAUAUCAUUGCAUGUGACAAAUGCAAAUCUAAGACCUGUCAGAAAUGCGAGCAGGAACAUGAGCCUAUUGAGUCGGAGUGUAAGGGACCGCCUAAAGACGCCAAAUUUGAGGCCUUGGUCCGGCACGAGGAUAACCAGGCUGGGGAGGAUUUAGACGAGGCCUUCUAUGAAGUACAAGACGAGCCAGGGGGCCCUUCGCGAGUGAUUAGCCAACGGGACAUACUUGAACUUGCUGGGCGGGUUAUAGCGCAAGAGGCACAAAGACGACGCAGGAAUAGGCAGAAUGAUCUGGACACAGUACGACGAGUACGGAAGGAAAACUUGCACCCAGAGCAAAGGCAUGAUCAUGGACCAUCAAAGCCAUCCUCGGAGCUUCACGGACAGACUACUGCAAUACCUGGGCAAUCCCAAUACUUGCCGUACAGGCAACGCCCAGAACCCUCGAUAGAGAAUCCGCUACGUCCACUCCCCCCUAACCGUGAUCAUACGCUCAUUCCCGAAUCUACCUCGGCUACGUUGCCGCCUCGAAACGUGGCGAUAGAUAGUCUGCCCAUCCGCCUUUCGUAUCAAGGAGAAGUUCCUAUUAACGUAAGACACCCGGGACGGCAUCGUCAAAAUCGAACACAAUCCCUAUCUUCCAAAGUUCGCGACCCAUCCCAGCCGGAUCUUUCUCCUGCACAACAGACACCAGAGGUAAUUACGAUGAAACAGUCGAUACGUCAACCUGUAGCUCCUGAACCAGGCCGAGGAUUCUUUGCCGCUUCUAGAGGGGAUCUUCACGAUUCUUUACCAACAGAACAAACCACUCCUACUGAGCUCGGGAGCCGGCCGGAAUCGGAGCCGCAGGAUGAGGUGCCGCAUACUCCCGGCCCCUCUACGCCCCCAUCUCAACUUAUACCCAGCAGUCCUCCGCCAUGGUAUCCUCGAUCACAUUAA